AUGCGCCAAACUCUCCGCCGAUCCUGUGAUACGUGCGCCAAAUCAAAACACAGCUGCGAUCUCCGCACACCGCGCUGCUCGCGCUGCGUCAAGCGCAAGAUCCUGUGCGUCUACGCCAACGAACCCCUGACCGCACCGCCGCCGCCUCCGGCUGCUCCGGGGCCGGAUGCUACCGGAGCCGCGAGACAUCACCAUGGAUCCGGCGCUUUGACCAGCUACAGGAUCGGGUCGCUUGAUCCCUUCGACUCAUAUCCGCAGACGCGACUCCCUAGAGAACACGUUCAACGAUUGAUUCAUAGCUUUCUCCACAAGAUCGCGUUUCAGUAUUACCCGCUCGACCUGAACGCAACCUCAAAUCCGUUUCUCGUGUCUUGGUGGCCGCUGGCACUGGGCGAUCCCGCACUAUUUCACGUCUCAUUACAAACAGCAUGUCUCGACGAAGAGAUGUUGGCUCAAAAAGGGUUCCAAGCAUCCGAGAUUCUCAUGGCUGACUCGGUCGCACUGCUCCGUCGCAAGGUUGAGGACACGUCGUUAGCUGUGCAAGACGGGACAAUGAACUCUGUCAUCACUUUGGCAGCAAUUGAAUUCGGCAAGGGAAAUAUUCAAGUGAGCGAGAUGCAUGUUGACGGUGUAGCCCGACUAGUCAACAUGCGGGGCGGUAUCAACUCCGUGAGGCAGACCAGCCCACUUACCGCACGAAUGGUGAGCUGGGUAUCGAUGAUUGUAAAAGGUCAUCCCCAGUUCGAAACACAGGAUGACGACGGCGUUGGGCAUGGCAUACCACCGAUCCCCGAAUGGCAACAAGCACCAACUAUUCACGACGACGACCUCUUCAACUUUGCCGAUCAGGAAGUUGACUGCACAGUACUAAAUGUCUUCAUCCGGCUACGGAAUGUCUUCCAACGGGCUAGGCGGGUUCCAUUCCCAACCACUCGACUUCACGAUCUCACAUGUUUCGUAAUACACCGCCUCCUACUUUCGGCGCCAGAUCCAAGUGACCCUGCAUCAUCGCCACUCACCGAAUGCAUACGCUACGCCAAAAUACUUUACAUGUUUAAUGUCCACGGACCAACCUACUACUCACACGCAGUAAUAUUAAACGCCAUCGUCACGCGGUUCAUAGAGCAGCUCACACGGCUUGACUCAUUACCGCGGGUAUAUAACUCUCUGGACGUCUGGUUUCAAGCGAUAGGAAUGGUCUCGGCGGCUGGCACGCCCCUGUAUGACUCGUUCGUGGAAAGGGCAUGGGUUGUGGCCGCCUCUCUGGAGCUGAGCAGCUGGGAUGACGCGUUCCUUCACGUCAAGAGCGUGCUUUGGCUGGAGACACCGCAGGGCGAGGAUGUCUUCCGGCCCCACUGGGACGCUAUACUUAGCCCGGGAAGUGGGCUCUCGUCGCCACAGACACUGGUGGUCUCUGCUUCGCCGAGUAGCACAAUAGCGGUGGGAUUCCGCUGA